UUGACAUUUGAACGCCAGAAGCAAAUCGACUUCACAACCAGAUUUUUGCGCUCCGCAUUCGGCAGCUCCAGCAGUCCAGCCGCCAGCAAUCGCUACCAGCAUGACGAGCAUCCGCCCUCAGCCCUCCAUACCUUAGCCCUGAUUUGGGGAUUUCCGAUUGGCGAUUGCCUUGCACUCUUGCUCCGCCCGUCCUCCAAUUUUCCGGACUCCGGUCUCUGCAGUCUGAGUUUCUAAUUUCUAAAUCCCUGAUUCACUAUCACUCUAUCAGAAGCAAUUCUAGUGUUCAUCAUUGAAGUCCGGGGAUCAAAAUUGAUACAAAUCUUUGAAGCAAGUGGUUUUCAAAGACAUCUGUUUACAUGUGGUGGGGGUGAUUUUCAUGUUUAUGGCCGUUUCUUGUGGUUGCCUUUCCAGGUCAAAUUGUAAAAGGCUGACUAGUGAUUAUAUGAAAAUGAUCUGCUCAAGGCAUGUUUCUUGUCUGAUAUUGAUUAUUAACUUGAUCCUCAUUGGUCCAGCAUGGACUCAUCAGAGUAAGCUUGAGACCAAAUUCUUGAAUGUUGGGGAUGAACUUCAUAAGGAAACUAUUCCUCUACAGUCAGGAUCUCGUCUCUACCAUUUGCAGGGACUGAAGUCUCACACUUGGUAUGAAGUGAAGAUAUCUUAUCCUGCAUCUAUGCCCGCUAUUUUUUCCUUACAACUGAAGAGAGGUUGUUCAAAGUUUGAGUCAAAUCAGGGAAGAAAGUUAUUGAAUACUGAAAAGUUAAUUUUCAAGACCAGUAGCUUGGACUUGCUAAAUAACCAGGAUGCUAUGUUUAUUCUGGUAACUGUGGAGCCUGAAGGGUUUGUUGCAAUACCUGGAGUGCAGGAAAGAAAUUUCAUCAUGUUUAAUAUAGUGUGUGAUGAACUAUAUUUGGGCAUUCCACAGAAAGCGUGGUACGUUGUUGUGUUGGUAAUACUGUGCUUGGUAGUCUCAUUUGCCAUCCCAUCAUUUCUUCCACCGCACCUUCUACCAAGGAACUCAAAGAAGAAAUAAAUAUAGCCGUUGAUCAAAUUAUUGUUUAGGAUUGUCAAAUAGGCUGUGUACUUCGCGGGUGAUCGAUUUGCUCGUGUCUUACUUUGUUUAUUAUUUCUGUUCAGUCUCUCACGCAUAAGCAAUUUUUACAAUUUUUGCCUUAUACUUUGUGACUUUGUGUAGUGGCAGAUUAUGUUCUGUGACUUGAAAUGUUCUAAAAAACGUCAUAGGUCUUGGUGGAUGAGGCCUAAACCGGCUGAUUAGACAUGGUUAGAGGGUUCAAUUCAAAACAAAAGCGCAUGUACUCAAGAAAUGUCUUGUGGAGAC